AGCUUUUCGUACAUUCUCAGCGCAAUUUACUUUUUCGAAACAUUCCCACGAGUCACCGCUUUCAAUGGGGUUUCAAUUGCAUUACCUAAUGAAGUGGCUAUUAUAUCUCUUGUUUCGUGGGUCUUUUAUGAACUCGGCAACCUUAAAAAUAUCACAGCAGCCCGCAUAUUUCGUGUAAUCGAUGAUAUU